CGUAGAGGUAAUGAAAUCCUCACAUUGAAGUCUUGACUACGCUAUACUAAACGUCUUCAAGAUAGCGUGCUUGGUUACCGAAGAAGCCACUAGUCUUGAUCACUUCUGAAGAAGAUAAAGUUAAGAUUUUGUGCACCAGUCAAGCAUGUGGGGACUCUCAUACACAAUCUGAUUCUUGUCUUCAGUGAUACGAAAGGGGGGACAGAAACAUGCGACAACAGCCCAACGCUGACACCAUCUUGAGACUUCAUGCACUGAUAGAAAUUCUCAGCCAAGCUUGAAGCCUUUUUUUAAUCAAAUGGAUUCAAUUUGCCAGCUGCUCGUUACGUCACCUGCUUGUUUGACUGGUAUAAGCAGGUUGGACAUGAAUCGCCUCGAAUCCCAUGCCAUCACAAGUCGACUUCCUUCCUUUCUUUACAAACAUGGCAUAAACAACCUGAUCAAAAGAUGAAAACAUCAUUCAUUGGAUUUUACUAAAUGAACGAAGAACAAUCAAUGGGGUAGACUUUUCCUGCAGGCAGAAAUAGACAGAUGGAUCUGUUUUGCUUUGGUGUUUUGAUAUUAAUCUGCCUGGAAAUUAACCAUAUCACCGGUCAACAACUUGACAAUACCAAAAGAGUAUGGUCUGAAUGCUCAUUAACUUGUGGAGGUGGUACUCAGUUCAUGUUAAAAAACAAGACAAGCACAAGACUCUGUAACACCAUGAGCUGUCCAGGUGACGCAGGAUGUAUCUCUACGUAUCAAAGUUUCGAUCACGUGACAGGCAAAACUAUCUAUGACGAAUCUAAUAACGGUAACUUAGCAACCAUGAAAGGUGAAGCCAAAAUCAUCGACAAAGGCAAGUUCGGCAAAGCACUCAAGCUUUCAAAAAACGGCAGCGUUUCUUUCGAUGUCAUUCAUUUUCGCAACAGGCCUAGUCUUGCUAUCACUAUUGCCCUAUGGCUGAAGCUGUCAGAGAUAAAAGGCGCUCAAGAGAUAUUCUAUACAUGUGGUGAUACAAGCAGGUAUAACAUAGGUGCCUAUCAUAUCACAGUUGAUAAUGGUAUUGUCAAGUGGUCCCGAAAGAACAAAGACGGAGAUAAGAUCUUUAGCCUUGCAGCAGGUAAACCUAUGAAAAACUCCACGUGGUACCAUAUAGCAGGCACAUAUCGCCUGUCCACCGGCAAAGCAAGGCUGUUCAUCAAUGGAAAAAUUUCUAAUGAGACAAAGACAUCCAAACCACAAAGCACGCCAAAACUGAAUGAUAACUGGAAGUGCGCAGAUAUGGGUAACCCUAGCGCAAAAAAGCCAGUGGAAGGAAUUUUAGACGAGUUUUAUAUCUUCAAGUGUGAGCUAUUACCAGAGGAAAUAUCAGAACUUUUUAGCAAAAACGAGUUCAAGAAAUUUAAAAUUCCAAGGCCUAAUAGUAAUCCCGGGUAAUGUCAGGCAGCCUAACGAUGUUCAGUUUAUAAAUUCUUUUUCUAUAUUUUUGUUUUAGUUUUCUUUCGGUGCGAAAUAACUCUAGUUGCCAUGGCUGUGCUCAGUGACGUCAUGAAAACGUAUUGACAAGGACCGCUGAUGAUUCUCUGUUGAAGCGACUGUAUUACAAUCAAAAUGGCAACUCAUGAUCAGAUGCACUUGUUAUGGAAAUAAGAUUUAAAAAGUAAAAAUAUUCUUAUAGUUCCCCUCAGCUUAAGAAAAAUCCGUAUUAUUUUAUUCUUAUCAGAACAUUGCAGCAUGUUAUAAGAGUAAAAACAAAAAAUAGAAAAUACAACCGAAUCCAAGCGGUUACUAGUAAAAAACCUGCGGUUUCUCCGUCUCAGUCUCAGUCUUAGGCAUUCGACACUGUAAACCAUAAACUCAGUUUAUACGGAAUCAAAAACACUGAGCUAAGUCUUAUGAAAUCUUAUCUUUUUAGUAAUAGAGUUCAAUUUUGUCGUGUGGGCAACAGUGCUGAGAGAGUCUCUUCAUCUAUAGCAGGCAUAAGGAAUGUUAAAGCUUUUGUAAAUAAGGAAACAUUAUUCAUUGAUAUGUGUAACCGGUGGAAGACGCACACUAGUGGAAUCCAAUGGUUAAUGAAAAAGAAUUACUCUAAAA